UCUUGUCAGGGAAGAUGUGGUGAAAAAUAUAACAAGAAAAAUACAUGCCACUGCAAUAAAAAGUGUUCUAAAUUCAACAACUGCUGUACUGACUAUGAUGAAUUAUGCAGUGGAGACAGAUACUCUUGUCAGGGAAGAUGUGGUGAAAAAUAUAACAAGAAAAAUACAUGCCACUGCAAUAAAAAGUGUGCUAAAUUCAACAACUGCUGUACUGACUAUGGUGAACUAUGCAGUGGAGAUACCAGCAGUAAUGAUGCUGACAUCAGUAGUGAAGAGAUAAAGGCAAUAUCAGAAAAGUUGUAUCAAUCAGACAGUAACAAAGCAGAGGAUUCAGAUAUCAUAUUGAACAAACAGGAAAUGGUAGAGAAAGAUACGACUAGAGAAGACCUCUGUGAUGAACCGUUGUACAAGUAUGUGAAUGAAGCCUUGUUUGAAAAACCAACCUAUGCCGCAUUCAUAAAACUGAUGGACAAUUAUGACAGGAAGACGGGGAUAGAUGAAACCUUCAGCCCAGAGGAGGUUAAAGAGCAGCAACAUUUCUUGCAGGAAGUGAUGAAGACAAAACCUAUGAACGAACUUUAUAACUUUUGCAAUCAGAAAGGCCUAUACAUGUCAGAAGAGGAGUUUGCUGAUGACCUGCAGAAGAUGUGGUUUGGACUUUAUUCCAGGUCCUCUGGAGAAACAGACUCAAGUGGAUUUGAGCACGUGUUUGUGGGUGAAGUAAAGAAAGGCAAAGUGUCUGGAUUCCAUAGUUGGAUCAGGUUUUAUCAUUUAGAGAAGAAAGGACUGUUGAAUUAUUUCAGCCACAACUUUGAUGGACCGUGGACAAGCUAUCCUGAUGUGCUGGGUAAGCAGUUUCAUUGGGAUGGUUACUUAAAAGAGGUCGGCUCGCAGUUCAUUGGAUCAAGCCCUGAAUUUGACUUUGCGAUGUAUAGCUUGUGCUUCAUUGCUCGUCCUGGAAAAAAGUGUAGAAUCUCUAUGGAUGGGCAUGAAAUGUCCAUUCAAACAUAUGAAUGGACCAAGAACACCUAUGGAAAUGGCAAGCGGUACAUCGCCACAGCCUACCCCGAGGUUUAA